CUUCUCAAGUCCUUGCGUGGGCUAGUAGCUAGCCUACCAUACACCAUGUUCAUAUCUAACAAAGUUCUCAUACCAACACUGAAAAAUAUAGCCUAGCCUUAACCUCUCUAUUUACGCUGUUCAGGGUUUUAAGUUAUGGGUAGCAAAAAUCGUCAGCUUCACAUAUUCUUCUUCCCUUUCAUGGGCCAUGGCCAUCUGAUACCGACCAUGGACAUGGCCAAGCUAUUCACAGCGCGAGGUUUGAAGGCAACGAUUGUCACUACUCCUCGCAACGUGCCUUUAUUCUCCAAAACUAGCGACAUCAACAUUGAUAUCCAAAUCAUCAAGUUUCCUGCUGUAGAGGCUGGUUUGCCCGAAGGAUGUGAGAAUAUUGACUCACUCAAUUCCCCAGAAAUGGCUCACAAUUUUCUCAAAGCCACUAAGAUGCUUCAACAACCACUUGAGCAACUACUACAAGAUUUCCAACCUAGUUGCCUUGUUGCCGACAUGUUCUUUCCUUGGGCAACUGAUGUUGCAGCUAAAUUUGGUAUUCCAAGGCUUGUUUUCCAUGGGAUCAGUUUUUUUUCUCUGUCUGUAGACCAUAGUUUGAGACUAUAUGAACCUCACAAGAAAGUUUUUUCUGAUUCUGAACCUUUUGUCCUACCGAAUUUUCCGGGGGAUAUAAAGUUGACAAGGAUGCAACUUCCCGACUUCAUUAAGCAUGAAGUUGAAACAGAUUUUUCCAAGUUGUUGCAAGAAGUUAUGGAAUCAGAGUUGAGGAGCUAUGGGGUAGUUGUUAACAGCUUCUUUGAGCUCGAGCCAGCUUAUGCAGAGCAUUACAAGAAUGUUAUGGGAAGAAAGGCAUGGCAUAUAGGUCCAGUCUCACUAUGCAACAAGGGUGCUGAAGAUAAAACCCAAAGGGGAAAGGAAGCCUCCAUUGAUGAACAUGAGUGUUUAAAGUGGCUUGCCACAAAGAAACCCAAUUCAGUUGUUUAUAUUUGCUUUGGGAGUAUAGCACACUUUAGUGACUCUCAGCUCAUGGAGAUUGCAAUGGGUCUUGAGGCUUCUGGACAGCAAUUCAUUUGGGUUGUGAGGAAAGCCAAAAAUGAGAAAGAAGAGGAAGAUUGGUUACCUAAAGGAUUUGAGAAAAGAAUGGAAGGUAAGGGACUAAUUAUAAGAGGUUGGGCACCCCAAGUGUUGAUCCUUGAGCAUGAAGCAGUUGGAGGAUUUGUGACUCAUUGUGGGUGGAACUCGACCUUGGAAGGAGUGAGUGCAGGGGUACCCAUGGUCACGUGGCCUAUGGGUGCUGAGCAGUUUUACAAUGAAAAGUUAGUGACUCAAAUAUUGAAAAUUGGGGUUGAUGUUUGUGCUCGACAAUGGUCAAGAGUAUUGAUGGGAGAUGGUAUCAAGUGGGAAGCAAUAGAGAAGGCAGUGAGGCAAAUUAUGGUUGGUGAAGAAGCAGAGGAAAUGAGAGGUAGAGCCAAGGCACUUGGGAAGAUGGCAAGGAGGGCUAUUGAAGAAGGGGGAUCAUCCUAUUCUGAUUUGAUUGCUUUAAUUGAAGAAUUAAGGUCGUAUUGCCCUUGACAUUUGGCACAAGAAAUCGUGACUUCAAAUCACAAUUUCAGUGUAAAGAAGGUGUGUAAUAACAAGUGUGUACUAAUAUUUUCUUUUACAAAUUAUCUCCCAUGCUUCUUAAAUGUGUGUGAAGGGAACUCUGUCAAUUUUCGUUUAUUAUAUUGAUGUUGGUUGUGUCAUGAUA